AUGUCUCUGAUUCCGAGCUUCUUUGGCAACCGACGCAGCAACGUUUUCGACCCAUUUUCUCUUGACAUUUGGGACCCUUCUGAGGGCUUCCCUUUCUCAAGCUCAGUAGUCAAUGUCCCAAGUUCUGCCCGCGAAACUUCUGCAUUUGCCAAUGCUCGCAUAGACUGGAAAGAGACUCCAGAGGCCCAUGUAUUCGAGGCCGAUCUUCCGGGGCUGAAGAAGGAAGAGGUUAAGGUGGAGGUUGAAGAAGGGAGAGUGCUUCAAAUAAGUGGAGAGAGGAGCAAAGAGCAAGAGGAAAAGAAUGACAAGUGGCAUCGCGUGGAGAGGAGCAGCGGCAAAUUUCUUCGCCGGUUCAGGCUGCCAGAAAAUGCAAAGACGGAUCAGGUGAAGGCUAGCAUGGAGAGUGGUGUGCUCACAGUAACUGUGCCUAAAGAGGAAAUAAAGAAGCCUGAGGUCAAGUCAAUUGAGAUCUCUGGUUAA